AUGUCUCUUGAGUUGGACUACCGCUUCACCUUCAUCACUUUGCAGGAGGAGCCUCUGGUUGAGCUUCGGCGCCGAGCAGCAAGCGUGCCGCCAAGGCUCACAGCAAGAGACCCGCUUUGCGCUGCUCAGGAGCAGGAGGUGGAGGAUGGCCGCUACGUGCAGUCUUUGCAGAAGAAGCUGGAGCCGCUCUUCCAAGCGUGGACUCCAGGGCCUGAAGUUUUUUUCACGAACGAUAUCCCUGUGGAGAAGAUGCCCUCUAUGAGUAGUGUGUCAACCCAAGAAAGCCAGCAAACAGAAAGCAAAUGCAAUCCUGGCAGUGCUGGACACCCAGAGUUGUGUCGAAGGCCCUGCAUCUACUUUGCCAUGGGCCAGUGCACCAAUCAGGGGGACUGCAACUUCUGCCAUUUGCCCCACAACAACCGGUCCUCAACUUUGGACAAGGGGCAACGGCAGCUGAUCAAGGAGAUGAGCCGACAUGAGUUCUUGUCAAUGCUGCUGCGCAGCCUGCGAGGUAAAGCAGCAGAGGGGCGUUUCGAACUGGACGCCCAAGAUGUGUUGCAGCUUUUCAAAGCGCAGCUCGCCCAGCUGAAGCCAACUACCAGCAAGGUCUCCAAAGCCAGGGUCAUGAGCCUCGAGAAGGCAUUGACCCGGAUGACCUUCUUCAGCGUUGCGAGUCUGACGUCUCGCGUAAACCUUGACCCAGGCUUUGUUGAGAAGUGCAAGGAGAAGGUGCACUCCUUGCGCGAAAAGUUGGCCUGA